CAAAGCGCAACGUCUAGCGGACAACAUAUAUCGUACCGUAUCGUAUCCGAAUCGGCCGGACUUUGUCAUUGUCUGCGUGCGUCUGAGUGUGUAACCCCCCAAAAGAUCCACCGAAAACGAGUUUUGUGCCAAAGAGCAGAGCGGAGCAGCCAUAUUCCAUAUCGAAUAACCGACCAAUAAGUGUUACUUGUUACUUGGCACAUCCAACUAGCACCGUUGCAGUGGCCUAUAUUCAAAAUAGAUCAGAGAUCGGCGGCGCAGCUGCAGCAGGAGAGGAUCCGAUCGGAGUGAGAGGAGAUGCUGUGUCUGUGCCUGUGCCAUGUGAGAACUUAGUCCGCGGCAAAGAGCAAAACUAGUUUCCCAUUUGCGCGCCUAUGCUAAGUAAUAAUAAUAAAUAAGCCAAGUCGUUGUUCGUUGUUCGCCGUUCGAGAAGUGACCUAAAAAUACUGGUUUUGCGUGAGAACGUGCAGCUUCAGCUCAUCUCUACCAAUGGCCACAGCCGGAGCCACAGCGGCCGUGGUGGUAAAGCGGCCCGGACCGCCAGUACCGCCCAGGCCCAAGGCAGCUAGUAAUCCCUCGGCCACACCGCCCAUCAUCCAGAAGAAGCCCACCUUUGUCAGCCAACUGAGUGCGGUGGGUCGCACUCUGGUCUACAAGUCACCGACGGUUAAUCUGCCCAAGAAACAGGCCCAAACCCAGACGCCAACCACAGCGGUGCCGGCACCAACCCCCCCAGUGAAGCCACUGAAGCUUCGCAAGGCGCCCGAUGUUCCAACGGCCAAGCCCCGCGAAAGUGUCACCACAUCGGUGGUGACGGUGAAUCGCCACAAUUCGAUCAGCGUGAUCGGGGGCUCCCCGCAGACCACUCCCCGCAAGGAGACCCGCCUGAGCCUCGGCAAGGUGGACUUUGAACGGGCAGGCCUACAGCCAGCAACUCAACCUCUUCCCAGGCCCCGGAAAAUUGUCCAGUUACCCGUGGCCACCAUGGAUGUGGAGGAUAUACCAAAGGUAACCUCCACUCCAUCCACUGGUCUGUUCAGAAGAUCAAAAACCACGCUGGACAGCUACCAAAAGGAUACAUCUGCAGCAGCCUCGCCAAACGGAGGAGGAUUCCUGGGAGGCCGGACUGUGGAGAUUAAAAACAAUCUAAAGAACGCCGCCGAGCGUCUCUUCUCCGAAAUCAUCAUCAAUCAGGGCCAGAAACAGGCGGCCGCCGAUACCACGAUCAUCACCAAACACGAGGCCCUGAAACAGGAGUCCGAUGUCCUGACCAUCCAGUCUACAGGGAACUGCAUGCGAAUCAACAUCAACUCCGGAUCGGAAUAUGGUGACCCCAAGCCGAGCUACACCAGCACCAUGAAGAGCUCGAUCAGUGUGGGAAACACCCCGGAAAAGAAGCAAGCCUUCCAUGAAAUGCUCAUCUCUGAGCUGGCCGCCAUGCGGAAUAAGUCCUGUUCGCUGGAGCAGCUGCCCACCAAGUCCAUGUCACCACCAACCACGUCGACACCCAAGAAGAUAGCAUCGCGUAUUCGCUACAACUCCAUUGACGAUGCCGAUACCGAGGAUGUGGAUGCGGAUAAUGUGGAAGAUGCCGACGGAGAUGUGGAUGAGGAGGACACUUUGACCUACUCGGUCAACAAAUCUCUGAAAGAGAACAUAGGAAAGGAGGGCUCCUCCUCGAGGAAGCGAUGUCCCUCGGGCUGCUCCACAGACUCUUCCCCGUACGGCACCGAGAGAUCCCAACGCAUCCGAACAUCGGAUUGGAUCGAGGUGGGUGACAAUGGCACUGCGGUGACUUUGACCAGCUGUCACAUUUCUCUGGAGGAUUCGGGCAUGGAGGACGAGGAGCGACUGGACGACAUGUCCUCGGGCGUUGGCGAUAGUUGGGACAGUGUUAAGGAGGCGGAGACCGAGAAGCGUUCGCGCAGUGCAAAACGUGGAACCUUGGCCUGCGAGCUGCCACCCCUGCCCAAGUCUCUGAUUGGCUUCAAUAAACUACUGUGCUCCGAUUCCGGCCUGCUCAGCGAUGUGGAGGGAAGCAAUAACAAUAACAGCGAGAUCAGCCAAAAAGAAAGCGAUUAUCAGGCGGAUAACGUUCAGGACAGCAACGAGAAUACCAUCGGCGGUGGUAGUGGUGGUGGGUCGGUGCCCGGUGCCUCUCCGAACGGAAAUAGAGCAAUUCCAUCAAGAGAAACGGAUCCCAAAUCCCCCAGCUUAUCCACCAAAGGAAACCCCCAGGCGGCCAUCGAGGCGGGCAGCACUCUGGACGCACAAAUCGCGACGCUGCGGAAGGAAAUGAACGGUCUGCGUCAAUUAGAUCUCUCGUUGUUGUCACAACUCUGGGUGCUUAACGAAUCGAUCCAGGAGUUCCGUGCCCUGAUCGAGGAACAGGAAAAUGAAGACGAGGACGACGAGUUGGAUAACAACCCCAAUGACAUUGACGAAGAGGGCAAUAUUAGGAUCUCCUCAUCGGUGGAAUCGAUGCAAUACGAGGGCGGUGCUGCGGAUGCCAGGGCCAAGCACCUGGGAACCAAGCCAAAGGUCAUUACCAUACAGCCCAAGGUGGGGCGGCAGGAUCAGAAGCCAGUGCCCAGGAUGCGCAGUGCACCACCACCCCCGCCACCCGUUGUCCUGACUACCGUUGAGCGAAAGCCACCGGCUCCCUCGCGACCCACAUGAUGCUACCUCUCCGACUUCCUUGCCGGAGUCAGGAUGGUCAUGUGCAAGGCGAUCGUGGGCGAUGUGCCGCCCUCGGCCACCACUCAGACGUCGUCGUCGUCCCUCCGCGGAGACGGAUCCCCAUUCGUCAUGGACCAGGGCAGCAGUUUGGGCAAUCACAGCGGUGGCUUGCUCCAGGCUUAGUUUUUAGUUUGAUUAAGCGAUAAAUAAUACGGGCCUACGAAAAUCGUUUGUUUUGCCGCAAGACUAAAGUCGAGGAUUGUAAAAAAAAGUCAUUUGUAGAUUGCUAAUAGGGUUUAAAGUGGUUAAAGUAUCCUAACAUCGACUUUAUGGUGCUUUUUAAAGACUGAUAAAAACACAUAGAACUUGAAACUUAAAGAGAAUGAAAUGUAAAGCAGAAAAUUAUGAAUAAAAGAAUUUGGACAAUGUUUACUAGUUUUUAAAGUUUAAAUUUCAAGGACUUGUUAUUCUUGGUCUUUGAAAAGCUCUAUUAAAGUCGCAUUUAAAUACUUUAACCAUAUUUUUUUCUUUACCUUCUACUUUUAAAAUUUUCUUUAAAAAAUCUGGCAUAAACCCUUUAGUCUUGCGAGCCUUUUAUCGACUUUGUAGUAAGAUGUAGCAUAUGAGCGAUUUACGAGCGAACUGAUCUUUAUUCGGGUUCCUUAGAGGCCCCUAGGGAACUAGAGCUACUCGAAUGGUGUUUAGAUCCUGACAAGCCUUACUUUAUAUAUGUGACGAAGCCUAAAUUAUCUGCUGCUUACCUCAAUAUAGGAAGAGAGACCGACCCAACAUAAUGUAAUUGGUAGAAUUUGUAAUACCAAACCUCUAGGCUCUAGUAUGAUGGUUAGGAGUCCUUUGUGAUCUUCAGUUGUAAGUUAAUUGUACAUUUAUAACCUGGGCUUGAUGGGUUCCCUUUCCCGUUCCCCUUCCCUCCAAAUAUAUUUUUGUUUUUUUGUUUAAUUAAAAAAUAGCCUACUCAAUAAGCUAAGCUGUCAUAUAAUGUAUGUCUUUGAUCGAAUUUGAUCCAUGCAUUUGACCAGUAACAUUUGUAUAUACCAAUUUUCCUGGCUAGCUGCUGAAUAUAUUUUGUAAUUCUAACGAUGAAAUGCAUUAAAAAUAAUAAAAAUUGAAGAAAG